CCGGGGACAGCUGGCGCCCAGUAAUUAACGAUAAAAGUAUGCAGACUUUACGCGAGAAUUUAUACGGAUACGACCGUCGCCAGGCGACAGUACUCCUACGAGCGGUGACGCCAGCUGAUUCCGGACGAAAAUCGAGAGGCUACCUGUGCGGCGGCUUACAGUUUUCCGACGUGGCGGCUUCCUCCGAGGGUCGUCUCCUCUGGAAUGGUCGAGAAAUGCUGCUUUUAUAUAUUACGGCUGCAUUUAUAUCCCUUAUUUUGGGAUUUCCUAGAAGAAUUCCUAUUGGAGGUAUAUUCGAUAGCGAUGAAAUGAUUCAAAGAGCGUUUAAGAUAUCAAUCAAAGCAGUGAAUAAAAAUAUCACUGCAUCCGAGAACGCUAUGGGCGUAUUAUUAACAUCGAGAACCGAAAAAAUCAACAAGAAUGCCUUUCGCGUAGCAAAAAUAGCAUGCAAAUUAGUAAACAGCAGAAUUGCCGGAAUAUUCGGUCCCCAGGACAAACUGACAGCGAAUUACGUUCAAAGUAUGUGCGAUACCUUGGACAUACCUUAUAUUGCUGCCAGAUGGGAUUCCAAAUCAAAACACAGCAAUGGGAUAAAUCUAUACCCACACCCUAAUAUGCUUUCCACGGUUUUUCAUGAUCUAAUAAAAGAAUACAAAUGGCAAAAAUAUGCAAUACUUUACGACAACACGGAUGGCCUGAUUCGCAUAAGUCGUUUGCUAAAAUUGCCAGGCGGCUGUACCAUUUCCGCCAUGGCAUUUCAUUUGGGAAGUGGACCAAAUUUUAGGCAAACCAUAAAAGAAGUAAAAAUAUCCGAUUACAGAAAUAUCAUAAUCGAUUGUUCACAUGACAUUCUUUCGUCUGUUCUCAAGCAAGCACAGCAAGUCGGAAUACUAUCAGAAAAAUAUAGAGUGAUCGUUACUUCUUUGGACUUGCAGACUCUGGAUUUAGAACCGUAUCAAUAUUCCGGAGUGAAUUUAACGGGCGUCCGUUUAAUCAAUCCGCAAAGUCCAAUUGUUCAACGUAUUCUGCAAUCUCGGUCUCUCAAUUGGAAUUUAACGAACGGUUCUCACUUAAAAGUGGAACCAGCUCUUGCUUACGAUGCUGUUCAACUUUUUGCAAGCGGUUAUGCGCGAUUACGCGAUAGCGUUGAAGGAAAUCUCAAGAAGUUAUUCUGCAAUGGUACGGAAGUUUGGGGACACGGUUCCAGCCUGAGUAAUUAUAUGCGAAAUGAGCAAAUAAACGGAUUGAGCGGAAUGAUAAAAUUCGAUACUGCCGGAUUCCGGACCGAAUUCCAAUUGGACAUUGUACAUCUCGGAUAUCAAGGAUUGCGAAAAAUCGGAACAUGGGAAACGAAUGUUGGUAUUCAAUGGGAUCCGAGGCAUAGAAUUCCUGAAGUGAAUGAUGAGAAGAGUUUACGUGACAAACAUUUUCUUGUCAUGAUAUCGUUAACCGAGCCAUACGGAAUGCUUAAACAAUCAAUUUCUAUAACAGUUGGAAACGAUCGAUAUGAGGGCUUUGCGAUCGAUAUAAUUCAAGAAAUGAGCAAGAUACUGGGAUUUAAUUACACCUUUGAAGUUCAAGCCGACAACGUGUAUGGAUCGCUCAAUAAAACAACCGGCCAGUGGAACGGCAUGUUAGGAAGAAUAAUCGCUGGAACAGCGGACUUAGCGAUCACAGAUCUGACGAUCACUGCAGAAAGACAGAAUGCUGUAGAUUUUACGAGUCCGUUUAUGAAUUUAGGAAUAAGCGUCCUCUACAGAAAACCAACGGCCGUUCGUCUGAGUUUACUAUCCUUUCUAGGACCAUUCUCGGUAGACGUGUGGGUGCAUCUGAUCGUAGCUUACAUCGUUGUGUCAAUGUUAUUAUUCGUGAUUGGGAAACUUUGUCCCACCGAAUGGACAAAUCCAUAUCCUUGUAUCAGAGAGCCGGAAGUAUUGGAAACGCCUUUCACUCUAAUGGACACUCCGUUCUUCGUAAUCGGAGCCUUACUAAAGGGUUCUACCGGAUUUGCACCCGUAGGAAUUUCAACAAGAACCUUAACUGUUUCAUGGUGGUUCUUCAAUCUAAUCAUUGGAUCGACGUACGUUGCCAAUUUGGCAGCCGCGUUAGCCACAAAAUCCGUUGCAUGGCCCUUCCAGAAGGCGGAAAAUCUGGCUUAUCAACAGAAAAUCAAGUACGGCGCGAAAAAGAAUGGAUCUACGCUCUCGUUCUUCAAGGAUUCCUCGCACGAAGCAUACAAUAUUAUGUAUAGUUAUAUGAUGGAUCAUGCUGACGAGGUACUUAUUGAAAAGAUCGAAGAUGGUGUGCGGAAGGUGCAGCAAGAGAAUUAUGCAUAUCUCAUAGAGUCCACGUCAAUUGAGUAUAUUAAGCAGAGAAAGUGUAAUGUAACGCAGGUCGGUGGACUUUUAGAUGCCAAGAGCUACGGGAUAGCAAUGAAGAAAGAUGCGCCUUAUCGCACGGAUUUCAGUGGUGCUAUACUAAAGCUGCAGGAAAACGGUAUAAUCAAUGAAUUGCAAUAUAAAUGGUGGAAACAGAAACGAGGCGGCAAUGAAUGUGAAGAAAAGAUAAAAGUCCAAGUGAAAGCGUUAAAUUUUGAAGACGUCAGCGGAGUAUUUCUAAUCAUGAUAAGCGGCGUUAUGUUGUCGUGGCUUUUUGCAGGCUGGUCAUUUCUUUGGAAUGUUCGAAAUCUUGCAACCAGAUACAAGGUAUCUUACAAAGAUCAGAUCGUAGAAGAGUUAAAAUUCUUAGCUAAGUGCAGUAGCAAGAAAAUGGUUAAAAAAAAGAGAGACAUCUCUCGAGACGAUUAAAAGCAAUAGCACCGAUUGCUAAUGAAGAUACAUAUUACAUCUAUAGCAAGUUUUAUAUGUAAAAAAAGAUCAAAUAUAAUUAAAAGAUUAAGUGAGCAAGAAUUAUUACGAGCAAGAAUUAUAACAUUAUUUGUAGAAGACGAUAAUGUCGACUUUAAUGAAACUAAGGCAAAACAUCGAAAGAUCUUCGAGAAAACUUUACGCAAAUUCUAGAAACUUGUUCUAACGAUUAUAAUCUGCGUUAAGCCAGGACGGAGUAAUGCAGAAAAUAAGCGCUUCGCAGUAAAUGCUUCUCUGGAAACCAUAUGAAAAUGACGAUUGCAGCGUUGCACAUAUAAAAAGAAUCCCGUAUGUAAUAUCGAACAUUCUUGUUAAAAUCAUAAAGUGCUUCUAAAUGACUCGCGAGAGCGACGAG